AUGCCACACGCUGUCGAUUACAAUCUCAUUAAAGUCAAAGAACUUCAUCCUACCUUUGGCGCCGAGGUGUCCGGCGUGGACUUCUCCAAACCCGUGCCGGAAGAUGUCUUUCAAGAAAUCUGGAAAGCCGUGAACCAAUAUGGCGUUUUAGUCUUUCGCCAUGCCAAAUUGAAUGAUGAGCUGCACAUUCAGUUCUCUGAGAGGCUUGGUGAGCUGGAUGAUGUUCUUCCUCACAUCCAAGCGGGCCGUCCGUUUCGCUUCAAGCACAAGGAAUUGUUUGAUGUGGGAAACAUUGAGGAAGAUAAUAGCUUAGUGAAGCCGGGAAGCCACAGAUGGUAUUAUGGCAAGGGCAACAAUCUUUUCCAUCAUGAUUCCUCGUUCAAUCCGCGGAGGGCUGGGCUGUCUCUGUUACGUGCUCACGAAAUCCCCCCACCUGGCCAGGGACUAGGGGGCAAUACUGACUUCGCUGACUGCCGCGCCGCCUACGACGACCUCCCUGAAGAUCUUAAAAAGCAGCUGGAGGAGAACGACUACGUUGUCUGUCAUUCUCUUCUGCACUCACGCAGAAAAGCUGCCCCUGAAUAUUUCGGGGACGUUAAUCCCGAUAAAGGCUACUACUCUCGUCAUAAGGUUCUUCAGACCCAUGAACGCUCGGGGCGCAAGACCUUGUAUAUAGGCAACCAUAUGCAUCACGUCGAAGGCCUGCCGGAGAAGGAAAGCACGGAGCUGAUCAACAGAUUGCUGGAGCAUGCUUGUCAAGACAAGUACGUCCUGUCGGUGGAGUGGCAGAAUAAUGGUGACUUGAUCUUAUGGGACAAUACGUCCGUCAUGCAUCGGGCGCAUGGCGGCAAGUACGAAGGCAACUAUCGGAGGGAUAUGAGAAGGACUACGGUGCAUGACGAUUCCAGCUAUGCGUGGGGCCUGAACGAGAAAACGAGCAUGAGAGUUGGAUUGCCGUGA